CCUACUAGCCAAUCGGAUGAACCUCACAUACCCUGUCCAUCGAACUGCUUCUUGAUAUUCCGAUCGGAGUUUCUGGCUCUUCAUAAAGAGCCGAGUCUCUCACAGAAACAAACCAAGGUCAGUGUGUUGGCUGCCGGGUGGAGUAAGCUUCCCAAGGAGAGACAGGCUCACUACAAGGAGCUCGCCAGGUGCAGAAAGGAAGAUCAUGCUCGCAAGCAUCCUGGAUAUAUAUACAAGCCUCGCCGCUCCAAAGGUGAGAAGAAAGCGCACGGACGCAAGAAGACCAACGCGUCGCAAACGCAAUCAGUCUGGAUUCGCAGAGGUUCUUCCACGCUCUUCCGAGCUCGAUCCCCUCGGCGCCUGAGGUUCUCCAGUCUACUGUCCAUGUUUCGUCUCCCAUCAACGACCCAACUCAGCCUUUCAUGGCGAACGGGAACGAGAAUGAAAUCUCCCCCGGUCUUGCUACGAGCCAGGCUAUGUACCUGAUGCAGAGCCUUUAUCAUCCUACACCUUCCACUUCGUCUCCCUCCGUCGAGCUUGAUAUUCCUCAGACUGGGGGGCUCGACACUAUGAGCGAAAACGAGGACUUUGGCCAGUUCUUGGCCAGGUUGUAUCGUCAUGAUCCUUCUUAUCUCGACAUGAUUACUGAUCAACUUAAUAGAAGCCUUUACAAUGAAUGGGGAUCUGCCCAGGACCUGGUUUAUUCUGCUGCUGACGACCUCAUGAAUUAUUCCUCGCUCCUUCCGGACCUCUCUUCCUUAACCUUGUCUUCUAUCGCAAACGAUAGAGCGGCGUCCGCAUUUUCUAAUUUGUUUGGGUCGUUCUAAUCCGAUUCUGUAGCUUGUUUAUACAACCAGAC